UAAGCUCGCGCAUGCGUCGCAGCGCGCCAACCCUUGGCGUGUGCGGUUGGUCAGAGAGACGUUCGGCCAGCUGAGCGGGGCGGGGAUCGGUGUAGGAACGAGCUGUGGAGCAGUGAAAACUGCUUACGGAGUGGCCGCUUCUGGUCCUUCGUUUCUCGUUUCCGUCUUUAUUCCAUCCAGAGUCCCUCCUGGGUCACGGCCCCACCCGCCCUUUCAAACUGGGAGGAAGUGCGCGUGUUUGACGAAAUAAUGGGCUGAAUGAUCAGCUCUCUUGUUCUUCCAGGUCCCUAGAGACAGAGGCUGGGCUCGGAGUUCAAGGGCUCCCUCUCCUCCUAAGACCUGUCCCGGGCAAGGAGUCCGACCGAGGAGGGGCGAGCUUGGGAGCAAGCAGAUAACGAUGGCUCAGUCCACCAUGCCCCACAAGUGUGAUGAUGUGUUGAGUCAAGAUGAACUGCGCAAAAAGCUAUACCAGACGUUUAAGGAUCGGGGUAUACUGGACACACUUAAGACACAACUCCGAAACCAGUUAGUUCAUGAAUUGAUGCAUCCUGUACUGAGUGGAGAAGUGAAGCCCCCUUCCAUUUCAGUGGAAGGGAGUUCCCUACUAAUAGGCGCUUCUAACUCGCUGGUGGCAGAUCACUUACAAAGAUGUGGCUAUGAGUAUUCACUUUCUGUUUUCUUUCCAGAAAGUGGUUUGGCAAAAGAAAAGAUAUUUACUAUGCAGGAUUUACUACAACUCAUUCGGAUUAACCCUUCAUCCAGUCUCUAUAAAUCAUUGAUUUCAGGAUUUGAUAAAGACAACCAAAAAGGUUUUCUUAUGAGUUUCUUAAAGGAGUUGGCAGAAUAUCAUCAAACUAAAGAGAGCUGUGAUGUGGAAACUCAGACAAGCACCACAUUUCCUAGCCAAGUGUCCCUAGCCGAGAAGUUUCAGCUUAUCGAUGAUCAAUUUGCAGAAGCUUUUCCACAUCGUCCCAAGCUAGAAUCUUUAGAGACCAAGUUAAAUGAGUAUAAGAAAGAAAUACAGCAGCAGCUUCAGGUAGAAAUGUGUCAGAAGCUGAAGUAUUUUAGAGAAGCUGAAAUAACUAAAGUUAGGAUGGAAGAGAAAAGAAAAUAUGAAAAGGAAUUGGCUGAGUUCCGGAAUGAAUUUGAAAGAACUUGUCAAGCAAAAAAUGAAGCCCUCAUUUCUCAGGAAAAGAACACUCUGGAAAGAAUCAAAAAGCACCAAGAGAUGGAAACAAAAGAAAUUUAUGCUCAGAGACAGCUUCUACUAAAUGAUAUAGAUUUGCUUAGAGGUAGAGAAGCAGAGCUGAAGGAACGAAUCGAAGCUUUUGAAUUGACCCAGAAGCUCCAAGAAGAAAAAAAUAAAAAUGAGGCUGAGGCACUUCGGAGACGGGAACAGAAUCUAAAGAAUAUUGAAGAGGCCUAUGAACAGAAACUCAAAACUGAACUUCUAAAGUACCAACUGGAACUAAAGGAUGAUUAUAUCACCAGAACAAAUAAACUCCUGGAAGAGGAAAGGAAGAAUAAAGAAAAAACUUUUCAUUUGCAAGAGGAGCUCACAGUUAUUAAUUCAAAAAAGGAAGAACUCAGUAAAUCUGUACAGCGUAUGAAAGAAGUUGAGCUGGAGCUGGAGUCUGUCAAAGCUCAAUUUUUUGCAAUGUCAAAACAAAACCACUCGCUGAAUGAAAAACUGAAAGAGAUGAGUGAUUACUCACAACUGAAAGAAGAGAAAGUGGAACUUCAGGCACAAAAUAAAUUACUUAAACAGCAACUGGAAGAGAAUAGGAAUGAAAACUUACGUCUCCUAGACCGUAUAACUCAGCCACCCCCUGAGCUUUUAGUUUUUCAGAAAGAAUUACAGAAAACAGAAAAGGCUAUGGCACUGGAGCAUAAAGGCUUUGAAACUCAUAGGCAAGCUCUGCAGAAACAGCUGCAGAGUGAAAUUGAAAAUUCUACACAGCUAAGGACCCAGAUAUCAGAAUAUGAUGCUUCUGUUAAAAGGUUAACUGUUCAGGUUGCUGAUUUAAAGUCACAACUAAAGCAAACUCAGACAGCCCUAGAGAACGAAGUGUUCCGAAAUCCAAAGCGUUCUCUGACCCUUCAUUCCCUGACUGGCCUAUUGAGUGGCAAGAUGGCACCCCACAAUGAAGAUACAAGUGGGGAUUUCUUGAAUGUACCCCUUGAACAGAACAAGGUUAUGGCAGGUGCAGUUGUGUCAAGGGUCACACCUUAUGUAAAUACAGCAACAGAGGCUAGUUCCCCAGACUCUGAUCUCGAGUUUGUAGCCAGUAGUACAAAAGCCAAAGUAAAAGAACUAGAGCAAGAGGCUGAGCGCUUGGAAAAGGCCUUCAGAACUUACUAUCAAAGAGUUACUCAGAAUCCUUCUAUGAGCCCUCAGCCGGCAAAGAGUCCUUCAUCAGUAUACUCUGUAGGAGCUCUCAGAAGCAUAGCUUCCAGUUCCAGGGACAGACAUGUUCCUGCAGAGGACAGAGUUGUCUCUGAACAGCCUCUUGCAGACAUACUAAAGGAAGAAAAGAGUGAUGUGUCCAAAGCGUUCGUGGGCAGCAUGGUUUCACGGCCACGCAGGACCUCUUCCUCCACACGCCUCUCCUCUACACCGCAUCCAAAAUCGAGAAGAAGUCUUGAUAAUGAAAUGUAUCUGGAAGGUCUCAGGAGAUUACACAUUACUUCCUCCAGCCCUUGUCUUGACAGACCAUCUGAGUCACCUGCUGCUUCCCCUACUCCUUGUCCUGAGAGAACACCCCAGCCAUCAUCGGUUCCAUCUAGGCACAGCUUCUCUGGUCCAUCUUUCUCCAGCCCUCCAGAGCAAAAUGCCUCUUUAUAUCAGAGACAAACUGAAAUGCAAGAUAAAAGUGAGUUUUCAAAUGUGGACAAGCAAUCUUUGAAAGAUAAGGAGAAAUUUGAACCAUCUUUCAGAUGGAACAAGCCAGAACAGUUUGAAGCAGAAGGACUCCACCCUGCUGGUGACAUGCCUGGCAUAGAUGUUGCUGCAGCUACUCUGUCUUCUAGACCCAUUUCAUACAACCACCCAAGUGGUGCUGUUCAGAGCCAAACUGGAGAACAAAAAGAACAGCAGAUAUGGGAACUCCACAUGAAAGAACGCAGACAGAGAGAAGAACAAAGGCAGAAUGAACGGCAAGAAGCUCUAGAGAGGGAAAGAAGAGAGCUAGAAAAACUAGAGCAGGAGCGGAGGAUGAUUGAAGAGUCACUGAAGAGUGAGAUAGAAGAAGAAUUAGAAAAGAGUGUUCAAGAACAGAAAGACAAAUCAGCUCAUGGAGAGAAUCCGUUAGAAAAGUACAUGAAAAUCAUCCAGCAGAGACAGGAACAAUCAAGCGCAGAUAAGAGCUCCAAAAAAUCGGGCAAAGAAUGCUCACUAGUGGACAUGAUGAUACCUAGUGACAAGGAUGACAGUUCUCCAGGCUUUUCCCAUGAAGAGCCAGAUGACAUCUGGUAAUCACAGUAGCUGUCUAGCUUCUCACAUACAAGAAGUCACAUAAUAUGUGUUCUUGUUUUUCUGUAAUUAAAAUUGUCAAUGAAAAA